UCAGCAUUUUUUUCUCACAACCAACACUUUGUUGCAUCGUCAUUCCCUAUAAAAACAAAGCAACUACAACCACAAGAAGUACCAUUACCACCGCUUACUACAUUACAUUACAGUACUGUAUUACCAUGCAAUUAUCUUCUGUGGAUAUCAUUGUGUCGGCGGACCCCAAUAUCCGCAAUCGCUCCUUGGCCGAGUUUUGUGCGCCCCUCGACUUGGCUUGUCUCCUAAAAGAAUGCGAGUUAUUGGACAACUUUCGUCGUUCGUCCGACAAUCUCUAUGAAAAAGUGAGAGCCUGUUUCUUUCUCUAUGCCAUUCAUCGCUUUCAUUUGGAUCGGCAUUUGCCCGAUACUGGAAUUGAUAUCCCUUAUGGCGGGUACCAACAUCUCUGUCAUCGCAAUUUCACACAAGCCAUUGAUGAGUUCUUCUUGGCCAUUCAAACUACUACGACAACCACAAAACAAUACAGCAAGGCCAUUUCCAGUGCUCUGGCACAAUCCUAUUACUUUUUGGGAUUUCAGACAUUGGCCGAUCAGGUACGAUUGUCCGUCAAGAAUCAUCCGGGAAAUUUGUGGAUGUACCAAGUCGAUCUACCGCAAAAUCAUCCCCAACCCGUCAUGUUGGAAAGUGGGAAAAUUUUGCAAGAACAAACGCCAGUGCGAAUGGAUUUGAGUCAUUGUGGAUGGUCCGAUAUCUUUUUCUUGGGAAUGGAUUUUCCCGAAGGAGCGCGGGUACUCAAUGUGUCCAUUGAUUUGGCCGUACGAGGACGUCACGAUUACGAACCCAUGCCGCCCAUUGACUGCUAUUUACAGGUCAUUGAUCAACCCGUACUCAUAUUGACCAGUAUCGAUUUGAAGUGUCAAGUCACAUUGACACAUAUUUCCCAAGUAUUUGAUUUUUGCAACGAUUAUCUCGGACUCUUGCGAGCGGGGAUUAUUGCGGCUGGCAUUGUCCCGUUGGGACUGGAACAUUCCACAGCCUCCUUGGCCGAAUUGUUUGCCACUACGAUUGGUCCCAAUAAGGGAUUGCAUUUGACGACACGGGUCAAUGACAUUCCCAAGGGUUCCCGAUUGGCCGUUUCUACCAAUUUGUUGGCAUCCAUUAUUGCACUCGGUAUGCGAGCGACGGGACAAACCACGUCCAUGACGGGAUGUCUGACCGAAGAAGAACGACGUCUCGUGGCGGCACGUGCCAUAUUGGGCGAAUGGUUGGGUGGAUCCGGUGGUGGAUGGCAGGAUUCCGGUGGUGUCUGGCCCGGCAUCAAAUUGAUUCAAGGAGUUACGGCACAAGAAGGACAUCCCGAACAUGGAGUCAGUCGAGGACGAUUGUUGCCACAACAUCGACAAUUGACAAUCGAAGAAGCACCGGCGGAAUUGGCACAGUCAUUACAGGAUCACUUAGUGCUAGUGCAUGGUGGAAUGGCCAUGAAUGUGGGACCCAUUUUGGAAAUGGUCACGGAAAAGUAUCUACUGCGAGAAGCCGAAGAAUGGACCGCACGUCGUGAUGCAUUGAAUAUUUUGGAUGAAAUAUUGCAAGUCUUUAAAGACAAUGAUAUUCCAAAAUUGGCACAAUUGACCACACGCAACUUUUUCGAACCGUUGCAGACCAUUAUUCCGUGGGCAUCCAAUUUGUACACGGAAACCUUGAUUGAACAAACACGGAAACGAUUCGGGGAGGACUUUUUGGGAUUUUGGAUGCUGGGAGGAGCCAGUGGCGGUGGUAUGGGAUUCAUUUUCAAACCCGAGGCUAAACCGAGGGCAUUGGUGGAAAUGCAGGAAAUCAUGCUCGCCGCCAAGGGGGAACUGGAGCAUGCGUUGCCCUUUGCCAUGGACCCCGUCGUGUACGAUUUCAAAAUCAAUGAUCACGGUACUAAGGCCAAAUGGUGCGAAGCCAAGGAACCACCCACAUGGAAAGUCAACGUGGAAGAAACAUCCAAUGGCGUCAACGGACACAAUCAAGGUCUGGAUGACCUCUUGCAAGAGCUCGGUUUUGAUCUCAUUGGACAUGAAAAGAUCCAAGAGGAUUAUCGCAGCGGUCUGAUUGGACUCAAGCAGAAUCGCCUGCCUUUGGAGACAAAGCUAGAGAAUGCACCACCGGAAGAUGUCAUUUUGACUACGGAUGAAAGCGUCAUUACUCCCGAAAUCAAAGAGCUGGGAAUGGAGGAACUUCGCAAGGGCACGGUUGCUGUGGUAUCGCUUGCUGCAGGAGUCGGUUCGCGUUGGACUCAGGGAGCCGGAUGUGUCAAGGCCAUUAAUCCAUUCUGCAAGCUGGCGGGUCGUCAUCGGAGCUUUUUGGAAAUUCAUUUGGCCAAGAGCCGACGCAUCUCGCGGCUGACGGGAACAUCCAUUCCUCACGUCAUUACGACAAGUUACAUGACGCAUUCGGCAUUGGAAACCUACUUGGAUCGUGUCGAGAAGCAUGGAUAUGAAGGACCCAUGUACAUUUCUCAGGGCAAGACAAUGGGGCUUCGGUUGGUUCCCACAGGCAGCGACCUCAAGUUCUCUUGGGAGAAACAGCCAAAACUGGACGAGCAGGCGCAAAAGGUCCGAGAAAGUGGUCAAAAAGCGUUGCUGGGUUGGGCUGAAUCAACUGGAGAAGCGUCCGACUAUCGCGACAAUCUGCCUCUUCAGUGUCUUCACCCUGUAGGCCAUUUUUACGAAAUUCCCAAUCUGUUGUUGAAUGGAACAUUGAAGCAAAUGCUAGAAGAUCGUCCUCAGUUAAAAUAUUUGAUGCUGCACAAUAUCGAUACGGUUGGGGCAGACGUGGAUCCUGGCUUGCUCGGUUUGUUUGCGUCCAAGGACACGGCGCUAAGUUUCGAGGUGAUCCCCCGAAAGAUUGAGGACGUCGGAGGCGGCCUUGCCAGCGUCAAUGGCAAGACGAGGCUCAUUGAAGGCUUGGCUUUGCCACGAGAGGAAGACGAAUUCAAGUUCACAUACUACAACUCGAUGACAACAUGGAUCGACGUUGACAAGUUGCUGAAGGUGCUGGGCUUGGAAAGAUCGGACCUCGGGGAUGCUACCAAGGUUUCAGAGGCUGUGCAUGUGUUCUCGUUUCGUCUUCCCACGUACUCGGCAUUGAAGGAAGUCAAGAAGCGGUGGGGCAACGGGCAAGAGGAUGUAUUUCCAACCGCACAGUUCGAGAAGUUGUGGUCUGACAUGUCGUCACUGGAAGAAGUGAAAUGCGACUUCUACGUUGUCCCGAGGUAUAGAGGAAGCCAGCUGAAGGACGUUUCGCAGCUGGAUGGUUGGCUAAGGGAUGGUUCCGCUGCGCAUUUGGAAACCUUGUGUGACUGGUCAUGAUCCCUCGUCCCUCCAUGCAUGCAUGCAUGGCUAGCUGUAGACUAGUACUAGAGAUUAAACACUACUAACAUGCACACUUUGAUUU